AUGCCGCCAAAAAAGAAACAAAAGACGACAAAGGCUUUGCCUGCACCUUGCGAAGACGAAGAUCAAAGCGAGCCAGACCUUGGUCCCUCCAAGGCUCAUUGGAUUAAGGUGCAUGAUGCUUUGGCCCGAAUUUUCUCACACGAAUUAUUCAAAGACAUAUUGACAGCAGACCCUUUGUCUGUCAAAGAUGGCGGCAGAGAGGCAGCACUCGACGCUACUCAGGCUGCUUCGGCCUUGAAAAACGCUGGCGUCUAUAAGUGUGCCGCCAAUUUUUUCCAUCAAGACUUCCUUUUCAUGGCCACGCACAAAGUGCCUACGAACGAAGCGCAGGUGCAGCAAAUCAAAGACUAUUGGUUUCCCAAAAAUGAACCGCCGUCAUUGUGCCCCUUUGUCAUCACAGUCGCUUUGGAAACCCCUGGCUGCAUCGGCCAACGUCCACAAAACGGUUUCCAACGUCUCAGUCCUCCAGAGCCGGUACACGCCUUGCUGUUUGCACUGGCUGAAGCCAUUGAAAGCAAAGCAAAAGUUGGAGUAUUGCGCGCUUUCAGAAGUUGCAUCCUCACUGCGACCUUUGUGUUCGAAAUCUGUCCUGUUGGUGAAGACCGCUACUGGCGUGCACAAAACAUUCGUGAAGAGAUGGUUGAAAAGGGUUUGUCGGUUCAGUUGUCAUUGUGUCAAGCAGUUUUGGAAUGGUGUGACCAAAACUGGCUCACUUCGUCUGCUUGGAAAUCAAUUUACGCCUUGCAAGCAUUGCUUGACAGAGGAGGCACGCCUGAGAUGAUUGCCUGGUCCCUGGAAGGGAUGGUGGAUGGCGUCCGCAUGUCUUUUCUAGAUGGUGGACACUUUGUUAUUAGCAAGCUGAAAGAUUCAAGGGCCAGCUACAUUGAAGUCCUCAAAAUGAAGCGCAAAACUUUGUUGCAUUUACUGAACACAUGGCUGAAUGACUUGAAGCUGGAGAAAAAAUGGAAAGACAACAUCAAGAGCUACUGCGGCUCCUAUGAGAUGUUGCGAAAGCAUAUUUCGCCAUACCCUGAUACGCAGGCUGAUACGGCCUGGUUGCUGGGUUGCCCGCCAAGUGUUUCUGAAAUUUGCGAGUUCCUGGAUCAACUUGUCUUUGGAUCCCACUAUGACGCAAGAUACAAGGAUGCAAUCAAGAGCAAACACGAGGUGGAAGAUUUCUUGAAUUACACAACUCUAAAGACCACCAUGGAAACCAUUGAAAAAAUGACUCGCCAAGAGGACAAGCCCGAGGGACUCAAUGGCGAUGAAGAGCAAAAAGCAAGAACGGAAGAGGAAAGACAGGAAACAGAACUGGAGGCUGCUUCGGCCUCUGAGGCUGCUGCGGCCUCUGAAGCUGCUCCGGCUUCUGAAGAAGUGGAAGACAAUGGUCUUAGUGAGGCAGACAAGGUCAUGUGGAGACAGCACAUGCGCAAGAUCCUCAACCAGCAUGUGCGAUUUGUCGCCGAUCACCGCACCAAUGUGGAAUUGGAAAGUGUCUUGAAAGAAACACCUUUCAUGUCCUUGCGCGGAGAUCAAACAGGAAUGGCCCUCUUCCACUUUGAUUUGAAAAAAUAUGGCGAGCCCACCACACGGCCAGACUUGAGAACCCCAACCUUUCGUGAAAACCUCUACACCCGGCUUGUCAAGAGCGUUCUUGCUGCGCGGCAAGACGCAAUGGGCACUCCCAACCCCAACCUUCAGGCAGGGGAAGUUGCAUUGAUUUUCGAUGCAGGUAAGACACAAAACAAGGAGGAAGAGAAGCAGAACAGCAGAUCCAGCAAUGGCUUGGAGCCAGUUUGCUUUCACAGUCCACCCUAUGAGCUCUGCGACGAGUUGAUCCACGACUUUUUCGCGAAGAUCAUUAUCGAUCUGACACCUCUGGACGGCCGCAUGGCUUGGGCUGCCUUGCGAAAUCGGGUAGGGUAUGUCGGAGUUGCCUUCAACCCGGAGCACCAACGCCUUCUUGAAGACCGGCUGCUUGCUUUGCUUGAAAAGGAAAUGACAAACCCUGAGUCCAGCUUGUUUUCGUCAGCUUACAGUGAAGCCGUCGGCGGUGGCAGUGGUAAGGCACCUGUGAAUCAGACCGCAAAACCGAAGGCAAAGGUAAAGGCAAAGGCCAAAGGCAAGGGAAAGGCCAAACCAAAGGCUAAAGCAAAAUCCAAAGCCAAGCAAUCAAAGGAUGAGCAGGAGGAAGGCGAAGAGGAAAAGGACGACAAUGACGAGGAAGACGACGACGUCUGGGAUCCUUUGGGAGACGACGACGAUGACAAUGAAGAGGACUAA